AUGGCAAAUGUGUCUGAGCAAGCCGUCUCACCUGAGGUGUAUAGACCAGAACCUGUGAGGCGUGAUGACAUUAUUAUCCAAUGUGUCCGUUUGGCUAAUGUGCAGCUGGGCAUUGACGUGACUGGCCUGGAUUUGCAGGGCGAAUUGAGCGCCUCGGAUUUCGACUACCUUGUUGUGGAUUCGAUUACUGGUGGUUAUACGAACAUAUUGCAUAAGGUUACGAACACGAAGAACGGAAUGCACGUGGCUGUACGUAUAUUUGGACACAAGACAGAUGAAUUCAUUGACCGUUCUCGUGAACGUAUUAUCCAACAUCACCUUUGUCUACAGGGCUUCGCUAAGCACGUGUACGCUCACUUCGAGGGUGGGCAGAUUGAGGAGUGGCUUCCGGGUGAAGCGGUGUCUGACGCUGAUUUCCACAGCUACAAGUAUAGCCAUCUGAUCGCACGGCAACUACACCGGUUGCAUACAUUGCCAAGCCAGCGUGAGCUAUAUCUGGAGCUGCAUCCGCACAUUUCGGCGGGUGUAGACGUGAAAUUCGAGUCCGACCUGUGGCCGAGCGUGUGGAAGUUUUACAAUCUAUGCAUGGCCAACAUAGAGCAGCUGGAGCCAAUCAUCGCUGGGAAGUUCAGCCUCACUGAACUAAAAGAAGUGAGUUACUCAAUUAGGAGCCACCCAAACAUGAAAUUACAGCACAUAGAACGAAUGCAAACAUACUGCGACAGUGUGAGGUCGCCCGUUGUGUUGUGCCACGGAGAUUUAUCGAAAGGCAACAUAGUAAUCCAAUCUGAAGGUGUCACAUUUUUGGAUUAUGAGUAUGCCUGCUUUAUGGAGAGGGGUUUCGACAUUGCAGCUCACUUUUCGGAAUUUGCGGCGUACGAUUCGGAUUCGAAAAUGAUGCCGUCUGAAAAUAUACAGCGGGAUUUCAUACGAUUUUACUUAGGUGAAUCAUCAUCAGAAGAGAAGGUAGAUGCGUUGUUUAAGGAAAUCCAGCCAUUCCUCAUUAUCCCCAACAUGUAUUGGGGACUUUGGGGACUAUUGCAAUGUGUGUACUCUUCUAUACAUACGGAUUUCGCUCAUUAUUCUACUAACAGGAUCGAACGUUUUCUGACGGACCUUGAGUCGGCUAGUGCUUGA